UCGUGGAGUUCAUCGAUAGUAUGCCUCGCUCUGAUGCUCAUGAUGCACGCAACGCAGCCUUCCGGCAAGCGUUUGGAAAGCCCUUUGAAUACAAGGAGAGUGCAGCGCCUACUGCCGAAGUAAUUACAGAAGAAGCGAAAAAGCUCGAUGUCCCGCACUUCGUCGACGAUGUCCCAGCGAGCAAAGGGGCUCGAAUCCACUGGCUUGGAGACCGCUCGGCUAAGAAGGUGCUCCUGUACUUCCAUGGCGGUGGAUUUUGCUUUCCCGCUUUCCCUGGGCACGUCCGCAUGUGGAACCAAUGUCUGCAGACAUUGAACCCGAAGACUGACAUCGUCAUUGCCGCUCUUGAGUACGGCUUGACCAAGGAUAUAAGGUAUCCUGUUCAGAUCACACAAGGGACAGAGGCUUUACGGUUCAUUUUGGACAAGGGCUACAGCCCAUCCGAUAUUGCCAUCGGAGGUGAUUCUGGAGGAGGAAACCUUGCUCUGGGAAUUAUAUCAAUAUUAUUGCACGGACUGAAUGGAAUUCCCCCAUUGAAACUGGAUGGUCCACUUGCCGGAGUCCUCCUUAUCUCGCCCAUGGUCAGCUUCAGCACCGAGAGUGAGUCGUGGACAACGAACAAAGACAAGGACUGUGUGGCACCCAUAAGCAUGACUCUGCUCGGCCCUGCAUAUGUUGAUGCCAAGGACGUGAACAACUAUUCUGAACCACUACAGGCGGAUGUCGCGUGGUGGAAGGACUUACCUGCGAAGUCCGUCUUGAAUGUGUAUGGCGAGGACGAAUGCUUCAAGUCUCACGUCGUCGAGCUUGGAGAGAAGCUCACAAAAGCAGGCAACCACGUCGAAAAUGUGGAGUGCCCGGCACACGUGCAUAUAGACUGGGUCCUGGACUUACAAGUUGGCUUCGAGCCUGGAAUCAUGUCCGUCAAGAUCUUGGAUUGGUUGUCUAGAGUACUCCGAGGAUAACGAAUCUGUGCUGAAGGGUUUAAAGCGAUGUCUGAACAUUGUCUGCAAGAUGCACAACUAGAGUAAUCAGGAAAUCUAUCUGGCUUGCUGUAGCUACAGGCAAAUUCCUGUUCAUGUCCGCGAAAGAGUAACUCUCAGUCUGAACGUCCUGUUCAUGCAAGCUUGAAAGUUUCAUAAUGAACCGCGGCGACUUCAUUGCACUGCCUUCGGAAUUCUGGUGCGGCACCGCUAUAUCGUGCAAUAAUACGCUCUUGUUUGCCUGCAACAUUCUUGUUGACACCGGUCAACCAAGAAUCGACCGUGUUGCUGAGUAGGUCUUUGCCGAGUUCGUGGACAUGUUCUGUCCAUUUUCGCAC